AUGCCUCCACGCCGAUCAACGAGACGCGAUCCUCCGGUAACUGCAACACCACCUACUCCUCAAAUCGAUACGGCAGCUCUUAAUGUUGCAGUAGCUGCGGCUGUGGCUAUAGCCAUGGCUCAAUAUCAUUCUACCAGCGCCAGCGGUGAUGGAACGCCUGUUCAUUCUAACCAUGGUGAAGCCCCUGUGCGCUUGAGAGAGUGCUCCUACAAGGACUUCACAAACUGCAAGCCACUGUCCUUUAAAGGGACUGGCGGAGUCAUUGCCCUCUCGCAAUGGUUCGAAAAGACGGAAUCGAUCUUCGAGAUCUGCUCAUGCCCGGAAGGAAGCAAAGUCAAAUUUGCUGCGUGCACCUUCGAGGCAAAGCCCUGA